AAAACAUUCACUAAAUGCCACAUUAGGUGCCUACAUGAAGAAAAUUCCCCACUAGAAGUUUUUUUUUUAUAUUCCUAAAUGUCGAGCACAGGCUGAGAAGAAAAGGAAGCAGAAGAGAGUGAAAUUCUCUCCAAGUCUUGAUGAGAUUAGAAUCUUGGUUUUCCUUUGACUUUUUCACCACUUUCCGCCCCCACUAGUGGAACCUCCAGGUGCUUCACCUCCCUCUUGCCAGUUGUGGUCAUGACCCGUCAUCACGCCCCUCCUUCAGCCCGACUCUUGCUAUUGGUCCUGCUCAGCGUCACUCAGAGGCUGGUCGGCGCCGCCCCCGCGUGGGCUGAAGGAGGGGUGGGCGGGGCGGAGGGGCUCACCCAAGCAGACGGCGAAGAGGACCGCCUCGCCCCCUUUCUCCUCGCCCCAGGCCAUGCUGGCAACACGUCGCAGGACCGGCAGCGGUCGGGCCAAGAGGCAGACCCGGCGAGGGUGCUCUCCAUGCUCCUGCGUGCUCUGGACCAACCGGAGAAGGCACAGGACAGGACAGGAGGCCCGGGGGAGGAGGACAGUCUGAGCCGGGAGGAGUCGCCCUCCAGCGAAGCCUUGAAGGGCGAUGAGAUAAGGAGCGGGCAGUCGAAGGCGGGGCCAGAAACCGAUAACGCCAUCAAAGAGCUGAUCGCAGGCCGCUCGAUAGCUGCUCAGGGUGCCGACUUUCAGGAGGACCAGGACGAAGGCAACCCUGGCGGCGACGCUACGGAGGCGCGAGGGGAAGAGGAGGAAAAGGUGGAGGAAAACGAGGCGGAAAGCUUCCCCGACGUGGCCCCAUCUGACUCCUCAUCCAGGGGGGACGAUGAUCCUUCCCUGCAGCGCAAAAUACGCGGCUACUUCCAGAACAUUGACUUGGGCCUCCAAGACAACGAGAUCCUGCCUCCCCUGAAGGGCUACAAAGCAUACAACACCCAGCUGGCUCGGGCCGGCAAGAAGCUCCACUGGCAGGAGAACGGCGCCACCAACAGGCCCGCCAAGGGGGGCAACUUCAUGGACGACUUUGAGGACGAGGGCGGGGAGCUGGAGGAGGAAGUGGAGGAGGAGGACGAGAGCCUCACCCGCAUGGAGGAGGAGGCCAGGGCACGAGCCGAGAAGCAGGAGGUGCUCCGGCAGCAGGAGGAAGCGGAGCGGGCCCGCGAGGAGGAGCAGCGUCUGGCCGACAUCGCCUCCGACAUGGUGCUGAGGUACAUGGACCGCAAGCAGCAGGCCUUCAUGAAGCCGCGGCAGAAGAGCAGCAACACGGCCGAGGACAAGCGAUCGGAGGAGGUCCUCCCGGACGAGGACGACCUGGACCAGCAGAUGAUUGACAGGCUGAUCGAGAUCAGCAGCAAGUUGCACCUGCCGGCCGACGAUGUCAUCGAGAUCAUCAGCGACGUGGAGGAGAAGAAGAAGAAGAGGAAAGAGCUGCAACAGCAGCAGCCGCCCGUCGUCGCCCAGCCUGUGGUGCCGCGCUUCAGGCCUCUGGCUCCUCCCCCGAUGCUGGCGCCGCCCAUUUACCACUACACGGCCUCCAAAAACCCCAAGAAAGCCCCGUACAAGUACAGGUCCAUGAAGAAGUGGCAGAAGGACAAAGUCAAGUCGCACAAGCAGGACUACUGGUACCAGCCUCGGAAGCAGAUGGACUACUGGUACAAACCCCAGAAACAGUUUCUGGCCUUCCCGUCCUACCCGUACUACCAGAAGCCAUACCGGGCCUACUACCCCGUUUACUUCCCCUACCCCAAAUCGCAGUACUACGGCAAGCCGCCUUCUGCCAGGGACCAGCUCUUCAGCACCCAGGAGCUCGACCUCCAGGGCCCGAGGCGCCGGCACCGAGAUGGGGGCAAGAACCGGGGUCAGGGUUGGAGGCAGCAGCAGCAGGCCCCUCGUCCGCCCGUCGCCGCCCCUUACAUCUCUAACUAUAUCCUCCCUCACCCACGGACCUACCAGCCCCUGCCGCCCCCGAAACCGCUGGCCCCGCCCCGGAGAGGCCGGCGGCCCCCGUACUACUACCCGCACGCCACGCCGGGAGACGACUACGAGGAAGACGGCCUGGUGCCUCAGAUGGACAGCGAGGAGGAGCUGGAGAACUUUAUCGAGAGAAUCUACAUGAAGCGCAGAAUGUACUGAGGGACCCCUUUCUUUACGUGGGACGUUUCACGGACGGAUGUGGGAGGGGCCGGCUAGCGAGUGGAGUGGGGGGGGGGUGGAGACAAGGAGCCUGUUGGCGUUUAAGGCAAGUCGUGAAGGUCCAGACGUGAGAUUGUGUUUGAUUCACUCUGUGUUUUUGAUUUUCUUGUUGAUUAGGUUCGGUCAGGGGUCAGGUGACCCCGCCGCCGCCAUGUUUACAUUUGGAACCAGAACACACGGCGGCGUACGUCCGCAUCCAUUCAGGUCAAACUGAUACGCACACACACAAUCAUGUUUACAGCAUCUCUCUGUCACAUCGCAGACCUGAUUUAUGAAGAUAACAACAAGCCUUUUGUUAUAUGGGAUGUGUGCUGGUGCCUUUCUUAUUUGGGAUUGGAGGAAAGAGACAAGAAAAAGGAGCAAAAAAGGUGCCACAAACACACAUCUUUUUUUUCCUGAUUUUUCCUGAAUUUUGCCUUAAGCGCUACAGUCCUCCCUCGUUUAUGGCCUGGCCUUCAUCAGCGGACUUCUUCUGGUAAAACCUUCUAAAUAUGCUUUGUAAGAGCUCUCUAGACAUGAAAUAACAACCCUAUAGUUACUUUUGCACUCCGAUUAGAAAACCUUCUAAAUAUGGUUUGUAACAUCAUUAAGCUCUCGAGACAUGAAAAAACAACCCUAUAGUUACUUUUGCACUCCGAUUAGAAAACCUAGAAAACCUUCUAAAUAUGGUUUGUAACAUCACUAGAGCUCUCUAGACAUGAAAUAACAACCCUAUAGUUACCUUUGCGCUCCGAUUAGCCAAAAAUAAGCCAUUCAAAAGCUAAAUAGAACACAAUAUGACUUUGCAUUGGCAGAAUACCACCAAGUACUUCUUGCAGAGGGUUUUGUCUCACCCAGGUAACAUUACCCACAGCACGUAUAUAUAUAUAUUCUAUUUUGGUUGAUUUAGCAUUUCAUGCUUGAGAAUACUCGGUUUAGGCCAGAAAUACCAGAUAAAAAAAUCUAAUGUUUGAAUAUGCAUACUUUCGACUAAUAAAAGGCCGUAGUCAACCACAAAACAGCAGAGACUUACGAGUCAAGCUGAAGUGGCGAGUGGCGAGGGACGACUGUAUCUGCUCAUCAGCCAACCCUGCGGACCCCCCAAAGCACAAACCUAAACAAUAAACACUUCCGACCUGGUGGGCCGAGGGUUCGCGUCAGACCGGACGCAUAGCUAGCUGCUCCAUCCAAGAAAACAACCACACGACUUUAUGUGUUCCGACAUCAUUUUUGCUGUAUUGUAUUCAUCAUUUCUUUUGACUUGAAAAAAAAAAAUACUACUUGAAGUCUGCCGCCACUGCAUUUUCUGUUCAUUUCUUAAAUUCAUUGAAGAGUGUGCGGCCUGGGUGUCAGGGAUUGUGUUUCAAAAAACAAACAAAAAAAAAACAACCCACAUUAAAUGCACGUCUUUUUACUUGCAUCUUAAAAAAUGAACAAAAAAAAGAACCAAAAAAAGAGAAAAAUAAAACCGUGUGGAGAAUUCAAGAUGGCUGUUUUCUCUGAUUAAACCGUCAACAUUAAAAAAAAACCCAUCAGAAGGAGACGACGCCAUCUGUCUUUGUCACCAGGAGAGUGUUUGUGGUUGAUGUCACCUUUAGAUAGUAAGAUGUACAGUGUGAAAUAAACAUGCCCGUGCAAUGUGUAAAUAACAGCAUGAUGAUUACUAGUUUUGCUAUACUAUCAAAAUAAAAGCUAUUAUUUUAUUAAA